AUGAGAAAAAGGAAUUCUUUAGAGGACUCAGUUUUUAAUUUUGAAAGUCAGAACAGCUUCCGAAAAUCAAGUAAUGGCACCCCAGUCAGCCCUACAGAGAGUGUCGGAUCAGUGUUUAUAAGUUCAGAUGGAGAAAAUGGAACAGAUGAAAAAAGGAAGGUGGGAAAAUCACCUACUGUGUUGCCCCAAACCCCAGCCAGUGAAAUGGAAUAUUUUGAUGACCGGAAAAAAGUGGACAUUGCUAGAACAAAGAGCAGCACAGAUAGUCCACUCCUGACAAUGGAUAUCAAGAGUGACUCCAAGAUUGAAAGGAAAAAACGUGCCUCAAAUCAGCUGAAGGCAAAUGCACACUUUCAUAAGCUGUUUCUAGAUGUUCCCAUUGAUGAGCCACUGAAACAAAGUUUUACCUGUGCUCUGCAGAAGGAGAUUCUGUAUCAAGGAAAGUUAUUUCUUUCUGAAAACUGGAUUUGCUUUCAUUCCAAGGUUUUUGGUAAAGACACUAAGAUAAGUAUACCUGUGCUCUCAGUGACACUUCUGAAGAAAACCAAAACUGCUCUUCUUGUGCCAAAUGCUCUGAUCAUAGCAACAGUCACAGACAGGUACAUGUUUGUCUCCUUACUCUCCAGAGAUACCACCUACAAGCUAUUAAAAUCUAUCUGUAGACAUCUUGAGGAUACAGGCAUGGGCAACAGUCCAAAUCCCUCUUCUGCAGAAAACAGUUUCAGGGCUGAUCGUCCUACAAGUCUGCCCUUGGAUUUCAAUGAAGACUAUUCUGAUCUGGAUGGAAUAGUGCAGCAGCGGAGACAAGACAUGGAAGAGUCCAGCAGCACAGGUUCACAGACCCCAGAGCUAGAAUGCUUCCAAGAUUACCAUGUCGUUGAGACAGAGACUCACUUGAAAGUUUCCAAGGCUGAGGCAAAGUCUGUCCGUUCAGAUACACACAGUCAGCGCGGACCUGACGGAAAAGCCCAAAAUAGUCCUCAAGAUGGCCAUUCUGAAGCCUUCAGGUUCCUACACAAAGUGAAGUCACAGAAGCUCUUAUCUCUGAACCAUAUACUUGUAUUUUAUGCAAUUCUUGUUUGUGUAUUAAUAUUUUCUACCUUCUACAUGAGAUAUAAAAUCAGUGUCCUGGAGGAACGUCUUAUUUCCAUCACGUCUUUUGAUUCACAUAUCAAGGAACAUCCAGUGCACCAAGGUUUGGGAUCUCAUCUGCAAAUUAAUGCUGAUGCCCUUUGUGAUGAGUUAGCUGCUAAUCUUAUAAAAUUGGAAAAGAUACAGAACAACUUACAAAAACUACUAGAAGAUAGUGAAUGA